GCAGCGAUGAUGCGGGGAGCAGUACAGAUGGCGGUGGUCGUGGUGGCCUUGGUGGCCGUGUUGGUGACGGCUUCCACUGGUCGUCGGGUGGAGGAUUUGACCCCGGCGGACUUUGAGAUUACUUCCUUGCCUUCGCUCAAUGCCACGCUCAAUUUUAAGCAGUACUCUGGUUACAUGCCUGUGGGCAACGACAGUGAACUUUUCUUCUGGUUUGUCGAGUCCCAGCGUUCGCCGGAAACCGACCCUGUCGUGUGGUGGACCAACGGUGGUCCUGGCAGCAGCGGCAUUGCUUAUGGAUUCUGGACCGAGCAUGGUCCCUUCCGCAUCACGCCCGACAUUGACGUUGAGCUCUUUGAUUACUCGUGGAACCGCAUUGCCAACGUCAUUUACAUUGAGGCGCCCGUUGGGGUGGGUUACAGCUGGACUGGCAAUGCCAGCCGCUAUCACGUUGAUGACGCCACUACUUCUUGGGACAACUACCAAUUCCUGCUCAACUUCUUCAAGGUGUUCAACCAGUUUAGCAAGAACGACCUCUACAUCACUGGCGAGAGCUACGGUGGCCACUACGUGCCAACCCUGGUUCAGCGCGUCAUUGAUAACGAGAACGAUCUCAACCUCAAGGGCUUUCUGAUUGGCAACCCGGGUAUCAACAGCGAUUGGUACUACAACAUCAACGAGUACGCCUUCCAAACCUACCUCUGGAGCCACGGUCUGCUGCCCCAGGAUGCAUACAUGGCGUCCUUCGAGGCCUGCGAUUGGAAGGACUUUUUGACCGAGUGCUCCAAGGAUUUUACCCACCCCAGUGCUGCUUGCCAGGCCGCCAACACUGCAGCCUACAAGUACAUUCCCAGCGUUUGGGAUCCUUACAGCGUGCUUGCCCCGACCUGCCAUAAGAGCGCCGAUGACUUGGCCGAACGCGACGCCAUGGUUGCCGCCAACUCGCCCUUUUUGCACCACCUGCGCCUGCAGUACAACGUGUCGACAACCUUUGAUGCUUGCCUUUCUACGUACACGCCAAAGUACAUGAACCGUCAGGAUGUAGUGGAGGCUCUUCACGCCAAGCAGCACUACAAUCGCCAGUACCCCAACCACCCCGCUGAGUGGCAGUACGGCAGCGAGCUCGCUGAUAUUGCCCUUCUCUUCCCCGAGUUUUUCAAGAAGCGCCCCGACCUCCGCAUCCUGGUCGUCUCUGGUGAUGCCGACUCGGCCGUCCCCUUUAUGGGCACCAUGCGCUGGAUCAACUGCCUCAACAUGACUGUGGAGAAUGAUUGGGAUAAUUGGUUCCUCAACGAGGAUGUCGCCGGUAGCUACAAGCGCUGGUCUGGCCUCGACUUUAUGACGAUCAAGGGCUGCGGCCACACCAUCAACACGUAUUGCCCCGAAGCCGGUUAUGCCUACUACCAACUCUGGCUCGAACAGCAAGGCCCCUUUGCCAAGUAAAGCCGGUGCUUACUUCAUGAAUUGAUCUGACGCCCUGUC